UCAAAUUGUCACAGUUAGCCCAGAAGUCAGAAACUGGACACACCUGCAAGAUACAUAAGAGACAAUGAAAUCUGCAGUUCUCUGCUCACUUGUGAUCCUCACAAUUAUCUGCCAUCUAAGCUUCUCUGUCUCAGUGAUGGGGAAUGAAAUGAAAUAUCCUGCAGACCAACUUACAAAAUCUGAGAUGGAUGAGUCAAAUUUGCUGACCACUCUUCUCAGAACCAAACGUCAGUCCCACUUGUCUAUCUGUCGGUACUGCUGUAACUGUUGCAAGAACAAAGGCUGUGGCCUCUGCUGUCGCACAUAAGUCACCAGUACAUAGUUAUAAACCCUUGGUGCCAUCAUCUCAAUGAAGAAUUUAUAACUGACACGUAGCAUCACAGAGCUCUGGACACACAAACUGCACAGUCCAAAUCCAGUGACAUGGAUGAAGUGGGACUGUAAUAAAGGAAACCAGGACUGGAUUAAUUAGUGCUUAAUACAAUCUGAUCUAAGCAAUCUAGUCACCCAGAUAAAAAUGGUUUAUCUGUAAAUACUGAACUUUAUUUAUUUCUCACACCUACAUGAUUUUACUGCUUCUGUCUAUUUAUGGUUUUUUUUCCACUUCA